AUGAAUUCGGCAUAUUACCUAACAUUCUCAAACCAGCGGUGGUUAUCCGUGCGUCUAGACGCUAUCGGGAACGCGCUCGUGUUUACCACGGGUAUCCUCGUGGUCACGUCCCGAUUCGAUGUUUCACCAUCGAUCGGCGGUCUCGUACUCUCGUACAUCCUAUCGAUCGUGCAGAUGUUGCAAUUCACGGUUAGGCAGCUAGCCGAGGUGGAGAACGGAAUGAAUGCCGUGGAACGCCUCCAGUACUACGGCACACAGCUCGAGGAGGAGGCGCCAGAACACACGAUCGACGUCCGUCCUACGUGGCCCGAGAAAGGCGAUAUUAUCUUCGAUAACGUCGAGAUGCGAUAUCGUGCGAAUCUGCCCUUGGUUCUUAAGGGUCUGAGCAUGCACGUCCGUGGUGGCGAGCGUAUAGGUAUCGUGGGACGUACCGGAGCCGGUAAGAGUUCUAUCAUGUCGACUCUCUUCCGCCUAGUCGAGAUUUCAGGAGGCCAUAUCUACAUCGACGGCCUAGACAUCUCCACAGUCGGUCUGCAUGACCUGCGCUCCCGCUUAGCUAUCAUCCCGCAAGACCCAACACUCUUCCGCGGGACGGUGCGCAGUAACCUGGACCCCUUUAACGAGCAUGCGGACCUAGACCUCUGGUCCGCGCUCCGCAAAGCAGAUUAG